AUGUUCCCGUUGGCCCAGUUUGGGGUGCUGUCGGCCUUAGCCACCGCGCUCACCUCGGUCCUUUCUGCGCUCUUCCUGCUGGCACUGACCCGGCAGCUGUGGAGCCUCCGCUGGAGCUUGACCCGGGACAAAGAGAGCAGUCUGCCGCUGCCGAAUGGCUCAAUGGGCUGGCCGCUGGUCGGAGAGACUUUCCACUGGCUCUUUCAGGGAUCCAACUUCCACAUCUCGCGCAGAGAGCGUCAUGGCAACGUGUUCAAGACCCACCUCCUCGGAAAGCCUGUCAUCAGAGUAACGGGAGCAGAAAACAUCCGCAAGAUCCUGCUAGGCGAGCACAGCCUGGUGUGCACCCAGUGGCCCCAGAGCACCCGCAUCAUCCUGGGACCCAACACCCUGGUCAACUCCAUCGGUGACCUUCACAAAAAGAAGAGAAAAAUCCUGGCUAAAGUGUUUAGCCGGGGGGCUCUGGAGUCCUACUUGCCCCGGCUGCAGGACGUCGUCAAGUCUGAAAUCGCCAAGUGGUGCUCAGAGCCGGGCGCCAUCGAUGUUUACAGCGCUGCCAGGUCUCUGACCUUCCGUAUCGCCAUCAGGGUCCUGCUGGGUCUGCAGAUGGAGGAGGAGCGGAUAGUUUACCUGGCCCAAAUAUUUGAGCAGCUCAUGAACAACCUCUUCUCGCUGCCAAUAGAUGCUCCGCUCAGUGGGCUACGCAAGGGAAUAAAAGCUAGAGAGAUCUUGCACACCAACAUGGAGAAAAUCAUUGAGGAGAAGACGGAGCGACCGCAGGCUGAUGGGGAUUACCACGAUGCCUUCGAUUACAUGCUGUCCAGUGCAAAGGAGCACGGACACCAGUUUAGCAUCCAGGAGCUCAAGGAAACAGCAGUAGAGUUGAUCUUCGCUGCUCACUCCACCACAGCCAGCGCGUCCACAUCGCUGGUCCUUCAGCUUCUUCGUCAUCCAGCAGUGGUGGAGAGAGCAAAAGUCGAGCUGGAAGCAGAGGGCCUCGGCUACGAAUCCCACAGCAGUCCCAGUCCGUCUGAUGUCACCAAACAGAAGGAGGAGGACGCUGCUGACACCGAGAUAACCUGCCUGCUAAACGGAGACUGCCAGAAUCUCCAGAAUCACAGUGAUGGUUUCCCACAGUCCCAUUCUCAAAUACCCUACCUGAGCCUGGACAAGCUGAGCCAGCUUCGCUAUGUCGACUGUGUAGUCAAAGAGGUUCUCCGCUUCCUGCCGCCAGUCUCCGGUGGUUACCGGACAGCCCUGCAGACGUUUGAAUUAGACGGCUACCAGAUCCCCAAAGGCUGGAGUGUUAUGUACAGUAUCAGGGACACCCAUGAGACGGCAGCGGUCUUCCAGAGCCCUGAGCUGUUUGAUCCAGAACGGUUUGGCCCAGAGCGCGAGGAGAGUCGGUCGGCUCGGUUCAGCUACGUGCCGUUCGGUGGUGGUGUGCGGAGCUGUGUAGGGAAGGAACUGGCUCAGAUCAUCCUAAAAACUCUGGCAGUGGAGCUGAUUGGGACUUGCAAAUGGACUCUGGCCACAGAGAACUUUCCCAAAAUGCAGACAGUGCCGAUAGUGCACCCGGUAAAUGGGCUUCAUGUGAAUUUUACUUACAACAAGCCCCUUUAG